AUGUUUUUCAGACCGCACGUUGAUGCUUCAUCCGUCUCCAAUGGGUUGACAAGCUCCUUGAUGAGAAACGUCGUGUCCAGCGGCAACGACGCACUCAACCUGCUCUUCGAGGCUGCAGCACACACCAGUUCGAAGAAUGACGAUCUGGGUCCGGACACGCAGUCUAAUACACAGCCUAGCUAUGGAGUGCCUGAAACGCAGUAUGAGACAAACCCCAAAGCUACAGCAAUUGGCACAAGCCCGGCCGCUCCAUCGCCAGUAGAGUUAUCCAACAGCGACCAAAACUCACUGAGCGUUUGGGAAUCAUGUCGUUUUGUGAAAAUGGGAUGGUUUACGGCAAAAGAAGCGGUUUCUUUUGUCGACCUGUUUUUCGAACACUUAUCUCCCCUAUCUCCAAUCCUUACAGACUUUUACCGUAGGCAUGAGAAUCACUAUAUCCUAGUCACUCAUGAGCCGUUUCUAUGCUGUACGAUCCUGAUGGUUUCAUCUCGGUACCAUGUCCUCCCCGGAAUAGGGGGAGCCUCGAGAAGUUUCUUCAUUCAUCACAGACUAUGGCAACAUUGCCAAAACCUAAUCAUGCGUCUUAUGCUUGGUCAGGAGCGAUCUUCAUCUUCAAAGUUCAACACUCGGACUCUAGGCACAAUAGAAGCUUUGCUGCUAAUAUCAGAAUGGCAUCCCCGCUCGUUACAUUUCCCUCCUGAAAACGACGGCUGGGACUCGGACAUGACCAUUGGCAUCCAGGACGCGAUGAUGACAAGUCCAAACGAGUCCGAAUCGUCGUCAUCAAACCAAUGGCUCCAAGAUGUGAUUGAGCCGGCACGGCGCUCAGAUCGCAUGUCUUGGAUGCUACUCGGAUCUGCAUUCUCGCUCGCCCACGAACUUGGCGUUUUCGAGACCGAGGAACGCUCGCAACCGUCGUCUGACAGCACCGUGCCAGCUCUGGAAGUGCAUAACAAACUCCGUAAACAACGCGUGCAGCAACUGCUCUACAUCUACAUCAACCAACUCUCCUCACGCAUCGGAUGCAUGUCCCUGAUGCCGCAGAACCUGAACCGCGUGAUCAACGGCCACAACUCCUCCUCCCCUCUUUCCAGCUCACCCGAAGACGUCAGGACUGAAUGGACCACUUUUAUGGAGUCAUGGAUGGACCUCACCAAACUUACCAAAUCUGUUAAUGAUAUGCUUUUUCCCUCGGCCUCAUUUGCCAAGCAGCAGUUGCAUAGCGGUCGAUAUAUUGCAUUGCUGGACCACUUUCGUCCGCUGCUGACCCAGUGGCGGAACCGACACCUGGACUCGCCCAUCGGACUGACGACAAAUUUCUACAGCAUCCUCCAUAUCGAAUACCACUAUGUCCGAGUAUAUACGCACUCGUUUGGCAUGCAAGCCGUGGUCGAACGCGCCCUAGCCAACAACACUCUUAAUAAUAACAAUAAUACUAAUAACAACAACAAUAAUAACAAUAAUAGCCCCGAAAUUACCCUCGACCCAAUCGACUACGAAUUCAUCCAAGAAGUCAUCGACGGCUCCUGCCAAAUACUGAAAAAGGUCAUCGACCUCGCCCACACCGACAAGCUGCGCUUCUCGCCCGUGCGCAUCUUUCUGCGUGUCACCAGCUCAUCGAUUUUUCUUUUGAAGGCACUGAGUCUUGGUGUUCGCCAUGCCAAACUUCAGGAGUCGCUGGACGUGCUUGAUCGUAGUAUUCAGGCUCUGAGAUCGAAUAUCUUGGAUGAUGUGCAUCUGGCCUCGCGAUAUGCGAUUUUGCUCGAGGUGCAUGUGUCGCGGUUGCGCAGGAAUCUUGUAGCUUCGUCUUCGUCGAUUUCGAAAAUGGGUGCUGUUUCUUCUUCUUCUGCUACUACGAUCGAUAGUAGUAAUGCUGGCGGUGGCGCUACUGCUUAUACUACCGCUGCUGCUGCUGCUGGAUUUGGAUUACCGCCCACAGUCUCAAAUAGCCAAGCCACCACACGCCCAUCCUCAACGCAAUCCUUUUUGAGAGGAGGUCAGGGGGAAGAGCGUGAGAGUGAUGAGCUGAUGACACCGGUAUCUGCAGCACCAUCGCUGGUAAACGAAAGUGGUGGUACUGGCGUGAUUACUGACGACGAGUGGAUGUUUUCUUUACCGUUUGAUCCCUCCAUGGCUCCCUUUGGGCCUGGCGGUGGGCAGUUAUCUGGGUUUGAUGGGGGCACGUUGGACUUUCUAUGGAAUCUACCGGGAUAG